CCUAUUCCUCUACAAAUUGAAACACUGCUACUGUAACUGCUCAAUUUUUCUGUAUCGGUGUUUUGAGUUUUCUGGCAAAAAUAAGCAUUUAUUUCAUAUUUUUAUCGACGCUUUUACAAAAUAUGGUGCGUUUUUGAAAACCUCAGAACAUACCAUGUGAUUUUUUUUAUCUCCUUUUCUUUCUAGCUCUGAUGGCCUGAAAAUAUGUAUUUAAAUUCGAAGCGUAGAAGUAAAUAUGGACUUCAAUGAACUCUUUGGUCCUAACACUUUAUGUCGCGAGAGACAAUUUACUUCUGAUCCCGGGAAUCUAGACUUACCAACUCCCCAUGUAUUUUUGGAUGAUACAAGCAUCAGUGAUGCUCAUUUUGCCAUACCUGGUACAUCUAAAGACAUUGGCCGCAGCCAUGUAUUUCCGGACACUGAGUUGUCGAGUGAGGAUGAUGAUGACUUGAAUUUGGAUAUUGUUGAAAUGUCUUUGCCUGCACGAGCUGCUGAACAAGCAGAGCAUCUGGUACGGAAAGUACUAGAAGAAGCAGAGCAGGCAGAACAUCUGGUGAGAAAAGUUUGGGAAGAGGCUUGGAAAGUUUGUCAUUUCAGUUCACUGCCUAAGUGGUUACAAGAUAAUGACUUUAUCCUUCGUGGUCAUAGGCCACCUCUUCCAUCUUUCAAUGCUUGUUUCAGAUCAAUAUUUAGAAUUCACACUGAAACUGGAAAUAUCUGGACUCAUCUUUUGGGUUGUAUAUCAUUUAUUGGAAUUGCACUCUAUUUUCUGACUCGUCCAUCAAAUCAAAUACAGUGGCAGGAAAAAGUUGUGUUUGCUACAUUCUUUGCUGGUGCCAUUGCAUGUCUAGGCAUGUCCUUCACUUUCCAUACAGUUCAUUGCCAUUCAGAAAAAGUUGGAAAACUAUUCAGCAAGUUAGACUAUUGUGGAAUUGCUUUUUUAAUUAUUGGAUCUUUCGUGCCGUGGCUGUAUUAUGGAUUUUAUUGUAAUUUUCAACCAAAGCUUAUAUAUUUGGUUCUUGUGAUAGUCUUGGGAACAGCUGCUAUUAUUGUUUCAUUAUGGGAUAAAUUUAGUGAACCAAGAUUUCGCUCAGUAAGAGCUGGUGUAUUCAUGGGCUUUGGUCUUAGUGGUGUUGUUCCUGCUGUACAUUAUUUAAUUGCAGAAGGAUGGUUUCGUGCAGUUUAUCAAGCCUCAUUUGGUUGGCUGUGUUUAAUGGGAAUGUUAUACAUAACAGGUGCCCUUUUCUAUGCAUUGCGAGUACCAGAGAGAUUUUUUCCUGGGAAAUGUGACAUAUGGUUUCAUAGCCAUCAGAUAUUUCACAUAUUAGUAAUUGCUGCAGCUUGUGUGCAUUAUCAUGGAAUAACUGAAAUGGCCAUGUAUCGAUUGUCUAUGGGAGAUUGCUCGUGAAGAUCUGUUGCAUAUAUAUGCAGUAUCUCAUUGUCCUGGAUAUCAGUAAAAGUUGCUCCUAUUUUACCAAAAUAUUUAUAGCACGAUUAUUUUUUACAUUUUUUUGGAGAGAAACUCAGCUUUAAUAUACCUUCACGCUUCUUUUUGUUUCGUAUUGAUGUGCUAAAUAACAAAUUCAUUCCAUCUAAUUUAUUGAAAAUGUUUGACAAUGAAUGAGCUGAGAAUAACUAUACAUUUUAUAAAUUUCUAGAUACUGUGAUUGAAACAUGUAGCCUGUCAUGUUUCUGCCUUAUUGUGGAAUGUGGCAAUUGUCACAUAAUAUAAAAACUAGUCUUGUAGCCAUAAUUUUUGGCUGUAUAUGCACUAAUGUAUGUUUUUAACUGCAUAAGUUUAAAGAAAAUUUUAUGGAAGUGCAUGCUAGUAAUAAAUUGUUGUGUAAGCAUGAUUUUGUUGUUGUUCU